CCCUCGGCGGUUUAGUGGCCGGUCGCUCGGCGGAAUACACGGAUGCGCUGAUUCACUUCCAGCGGACAAUGAAACUAACUGAAGUAGAUUUGAACAACGUUAAACGGCGGGUCUGACACUUGCACGGCCCACCGAAAGACUGACAAAUACACUGAUAAAUCGAUAGAAGGGCAGUUAGAUUUAGGAGGAAGAGGAGGAGAAACCAGAGAGGGAAGGAGGAGAGAACCGAGGCGAAGAGAGGACGGACAGACCGAGAGGAAGGAGAGGAGAGGAGGCUGGAGAGAGUGCAGAGAGAAAAGGAGGAUUUCCAGGGGGGUCAUUUUGUCUUAUUUUCGGUCUCCUCUCCUUUCGACCGUCUCCACCCCCUGCUCUUAAUUUCUUCCUCUUUUGGAGCAUUUAUGUCUGCUUUUAGGAGGCGUUAGAUGUUAAACUUGAUGGGUGUUUUAAACGCAACCGCCCCCAAUGUCUCCUGUACUUGUAACUGUAAGCCCUACACCUCCAUCCAGAACAUGGAAAUCACCCAGCUGGAGUUCGUCCAGAUCUUGGUGAUCGUGGUGUUCAUGAUGGUCAUGGUGGUGGUCAUCACAUGUCUGCUUAACCACUACCGCCUAUCAGCGCGUUCCAUUCUCUCCAGGCACUCCCCCGCCCGCAGGAGGCACCUGCCGCUGGCCAACGAGGGAAGUAUGUGGACCUCUGAGAGCAAUGGGACGAGCAACGGCCUGAAUGAGCACCAGGUGUAUAACCCACGUCCUCCAGACAGAGGAGUCAUGUCCUACAUGCAGCGAGACCCGCAGAACAACCAGCCUCAGCCCCUGCUUCAAUCACAGCGCUUCCAGCACACGUACGCCCCGAGUCGCUUCCAGCCGACAUACCCCUACCUGCCCCAGAGCCUCAUUGACCUUCCCCCCACAAUCUCCCUCUCAGACGGUGAGGAACCACCUCCAUAUCAGGGUCCGUGCACUCUGCAGCUCAGAGACCCCGAGCAACAGAUGGAGCUGAACCGCGAGUCAGUUCGACCUCCACCCAACCGAACAGUGUUUGACUCCCACGGCCUGGACCCAUCCAACUCCUGCCUGCAAGCCAGGCUGCAGGCGCCUCCCCCAAGUGUCCAUUCAGGUAUCAGUGUGUUGGAGGCCCAAGAGACCUUGUCCCGGCAGCAGAAACAGAACUCUCAAGUCGAAGGGACUCCCCCAACCUACAGUGAGGCUAUCGGGCACUUUUACCACCCAGCGACUCUGACCUCCAACCAGACCCAUCAGACUGUAUCGACUGCGCCGUCCUCUCUCAUACAUGGUUUACUCAGACCUCUGCCUAAACAGCAAGGAAGUGUGGAAAACAGGAACACAAAGGAGAAACCCCAGAAGCCACAACAGGUGUGACUGGGCUGAUUUCUCUUCAUUCCAGCUAAAAAAAACCCUAAAUGCCAUGAGCUCACCAUUUGGGUAAUCAUAAGUGAACAAUGAGGAAUGAUGACAUGAACGUUAACAUCCAAUGCGAAUGGUAAAAGGCUGAUGUGUGGUUAAACUCUGAGAAGCAGCAUUGCACAUGGGCUUCCCAUUGGGUGAGAACAUCUGGAAACCACAGAGCACAGAUACAAGAGAACGUCUGGUUCUCCGUGUUUCCCACUUCGUAUAUGAUGAGCACUUCAAAUGAUCGUGGGAUGUUAGAGAAGUAUGGCAUGAAGUGGAAAAGAUGAAGGUGGAUACAAGCCUCCUUAAAUUCCUCAUCUCUCCAGUAUCUGACUGAUUUAAAAAAGUCUUUGUUAUAAAUAUUUACUUGUUCUGUUUGUUUCUGUAGAACGUAUCAUUUCCAAGCCUGCAAAACACUUCAAUCGUCUUGGUUCUUGCAGGAUUUGUUUUAUUUUCUUGUGAUAAUCCUCUGUUGCUGCUUUGAGUGCUCGCUUUUUCCAUCUUCAAAGUUUGCAGCAGCUCCUGUACCGAGCUUUGGCUUUACCAAUAGGGCAUGAAACCACAUUUUACUAUAUCUCCAGUGUAGAUUUAGUUAGCGUAAUCAUAAACUAGCUCAGCAGGUGUAGCACAGUGCUAAACGUCCUAACGCUAGAAGUUCUGCCUUACAAUGACCAACUCCUGCAGGAGAUCUCACAGAUCCUUCUUUCAAUUGGAUGUCUUCUGAAGAGGGUUUGCACAAAGUUCAACUGUUGACUGCAGAAGAAAAAUCUGCACUGUGAUUGAUAGGAGAGAAGGUUGAGAAAGUAGGCGUAUCUUUUUAAAACAUAAUGCAUUCUUUGAUUUUUGUUGUUUAGUUUUAGAAAAAGAGAUGUGAGAAACACGUCCGGGUGCCAACAUUCACCUUGAACAUUUUGAAACGUACAUGUUGACAUGUAUAUUCGUUACAUAUGGAUUAUAUAUAACACAUGUAUGCAAAACGAGAGUGGAAAAGCACGAAUUUAGAGUUAUUUAUAUAAUUGCUGAAAAUAAUUGCACUAUUUUUUUAGUAUGCGCAGAUGGAACAUUUGAGUGGGACUCUUAUUGUGAAGGAGCUGUGUCUUUUGGGGUUUAAAAAGAGAACAGAAAUGACUUACCAGAGUGUGUGAGCACCACAGUGCACAGCAGCUACUUUCAUUUGAUGGGAAGAUUCUGACUUUGGACGGAUUUAAAGGACUCAGACAAUCCAUUUCUGUACCAUAGAUUAAAGAAGAAAAGCUCCAGUUUAUGCAAACGUCUGAGUCUGGCGAGCCAACCAAAAGUCAGCAGCCCACCCGUGGGUCCAAUCAGAAACCCCGUAAAUCUCUCUCUCUCUCAUCCCUGUCGGCCGAAUCAUUAGCAAACCCAAAGCUGGCUGCUACUACCUCGACCAAACAAGUGAAGCACAUCCGUUUCCUCAACUUAAUCAGACUGUGACAUUUAACAUCUGAGCUAAUCAAGACGAUGUGUAACAGUAGAAAGGAGUAGAGUAUUAAGUUGUAGAAUUCGUUUUUUUUUUUGUCCUGCUUAGGAAUUUAAUUUGAAUGUCAGAGUUUUAUGUUCCUUAGGUGAGAAGAGAGAGACACCUAAUGUCCUCAUUGUGGAGCAUUACUCAGGAAGAAAGCCUGUUACCCAGCAGGUCCCUAAAUGUCUGAUAUGCUGACUGUGCACAUUGGUGGCCUCUUAUGCAUGCGUUAACACCAACUUCUCUUUUAAUUGUGUCUCAACAUACAUUCGGUUCACUCUGGUAAGUUUCUCCUUUUUGUGGGCAUCUCUGAGCACUUUAUUGCACCAGGAAAGAGACAACAAUCCUGAGUCCGCCAGUGUCGGCCUCUUAUUUCAGACACAACAUAAAAUAAAAAACAACAGAAACCUUUACCGCUGUUAAUGAAAUUUGAUGAGUUCAGGGCUGCUCUUUUAAAUUAUGUAAAGUGUUGUGCAUCCAUCUUUAAACGUAUUUCUGUCCAAAAAACACAUUCUGACGUCAGAUCUGUUGUGUUUUACAAAAGCUUCUGUUAAACAAAGCUUCGUUGUUUAGCCGAACUCACCUUGAAUGUAAGUCAAUUUUUGUUGGAUAUUGUUGGCAGUUCUAGUUUAUAUUAUCAGUGUCUUGGUAGGUUCAUUCUUUUGAGCAACAUUUUGUUUUACACAAGAUGGGUUGUUGAAACUAGACACACUUAAGUGUUAAAAAGUGACACGAGUGUUAAUAGCAACUCAUCCUGUGUCACCUCUUUACAAGUGAAGAAAUAAAAACCCAUUGCCAGUCCGUAAAAAUGAUCUUCUGAUGUAAAGAUGUCACCAGUUGAGCCAGGUAAAGUCAACGCCCUGCGUUGUCCUGUCUUUUUGUAAUUCAUCAGCCUCCGCAGGAACUGAACCAGAACCAGCCUUCUGAAGCUGAUUUAGAUGGAUAGUUUCCGAGCUGAGGUUCUGUUAAAAGAUCAUGAGCAUUUAAUAAUCUUACAGAUUAGUUCCUCCAGGAGCUUUAAACUGGCAGCUGGUCUGGGCACAGCCAGGACCAAAGCCAAUUUACCCCAUCUUAAAAUAACUACAAUUGUUUUUUAAAUUAAAAGCGGCUCUUAUGAACUCUAUUUUACAAACCAUUCAGCUACUAUUAUGUGCGUAUUAAAUUCUUGUGCUAGAAGUUAAUUAUUAUUGACAUUAGAGAGCAGAAAAGAGCAUGAUGUGGAACAUGUUCUGCAGAGCAAAGCGUGUUAAAUAUCCCACCAAUUUAACCAACCGAUUGAAAAGGUUUGAGAAUGUAAACAUCAGCAAGAACGCAUUGCGGUAAUGUUUCUGUUUUUUACACGGAAUUACUAUUACGCCAGAAAAAGUUAUAAUUUCCAGAAACGUUCUGACCAAUAAUCAUCAGUUGUACACUGUAUGCGGCUUUGGUCAUAAGUUUUAAACAACAACAAAAACCAAAUUUUUUGUAAAACAGCAUUUGUACGUGUUUGCAUUUGUCCACUUUGAACAUUUUUGAAGGCCUUUUUAAGCUGGAGGAAAUCCACUUAGUUCAUGGUCCUCCUCAGACUAGCCAAAACUGAUCUGUUUCCUACUGUUUGGUUAAUAACGGCUCAUAACCUAAAGUCUACUAUGUGAGAAAAGAGUCAAACAUCUAAAUCUAUUGCAACCUUAAAGACUAAGACUUCAAUACAAUUUGUCUUUGAUUUCCUUCUUUUUUGAAUUGCAGAUGUUAAAGAUUAUUUAAAACAAACAAGCCUUAUUUCCUCAACAAAAAAGUUGUGAUUUUUCUUGUUUUGACGGUAUUUUUUUAAAUAUAAGAGACUGUUUUAGCAGUUGUAGUAUUAUUACGUCGGCAGACCAGUAAUACUGACUUCCAGCUGCUUUCCUGAUCUCAACAAAGCAUUUAGAGCCAAGACAUCCUGAUCAGAAACUAACCUUCACCUCUUCUUAUUUUGAAUACCAGAAGAAAUCACAAAAUUACUUAAACUAUAACCAACCAGUUUUUAAAAUGCAAACCAAAGUCAAAAACCUUUCUAUAUUUUCAUAACAUUAUCAACGAUGUACAUUAAAGUGAAGCACUUAAGGAAGGAACAAAAUCAUGAUAUAAAGGCAACCAAACCUUUCACCUAAAGCUGCUGAAGAAAGAUAUUUGGAUCAUUAAAUCAGUCUGGACCUUUAAAUAAAACACCAUGCAUUACAGAGACCGUUUGUGUUUGGUUUAUGAUUUCAGUUUCCUGCAUAAGGACGUUUGCUACGGGUAUGAAAAGACUGGAAAUGCUCCUAUCAGGAUGAUUUGAAAAAAUAAAACUACUACUACUAAUAACAAUAUAAAUAAUAUUAAAUAUGUACAACACAAUGCAUUAGAAACUAAAGGGAUCUUUAAGAAAAAAAACCACUGGCUGACAAAACAGAGAGACAGGCGGAGAAAGGAGGAAACUCAUCUGGAGGAAUGGAAACACGUAUCAAACUUUUAUAUGCAGGCAAAAUCAUUUUAAAUGCACUGCAAACACUCAUACACGUUUUUCUUUAAGUCAGAGAGUUCUUAAAUAAGUUAGUUUGUAUAAGAGCUACUAAAGAGUGUGUGUGGGUGUGUAUUUCUGUGCAGUAAAUGUGCAGCGACAUGGCCUGGGAAAGACCUCCAGCUGUCUAGACAAAAACCAAACACACACAACCACGCAUACGCAGCAGCCUAAACAAACUACUUUAAGAGCCAGACACACUUUCAUUCAUUUACCACCCUUUUUUCCCCCUUCUCACUGUGGACCACAAAAGGUACAGCAAAAACAUUUAUCUGACAUACACCUGGUCUGCCUCCACAGUGCCCUCUCUUCUCCUCCUGUCUCAGUGAGCUCUUCCUGUUCCCAAGAGAUGCCCACUGUCCAAUGACAGAGCUCCUUUCCAAGAAGGCCCUCUCUGCCAUUGGCCGACCGAGUUUGGGUCUCUGUUGAAAUGUCUGUCGUUUGUUAUUGUUGCUAUGUCGUACGUAAGUGUGCCUGCCUGCGCUGAGACGGGUUAAAUGUGAGCGGCCUGUGUGGGCUGUCAAUCAUCCCCGGUCGCGCUGUCUCAGACUAUGAUGAUGAUGAUGUUUGGAUGAUGGUGAUGAGAUUGAUGAAGACUGAUGAUUUCGAUAGUGAUGCCGCAGAAGAUCGUUGCAAUACAACUACUUUUUGCCUUUUUGAUAUUAGUGAUAUUUUAACGUAGUGUGAUAAAUGUAAGGUUUUGUUUUUAUAAUUAUUGUUAUUAUUCUUGUUUAUCACUUUAGAAAAAAAGAUUUACCUUUAUUUCACUGUUCACACAGUAAACUUUGCAUUUGUAAACUUUGAGAGUGUAAAACUACCUACAGCUAAACACACAAAAGCUGCAGAUCAGUAAGGCAGAAGAGGAAAUCCAUAGCAUGUGCUUCUGUGUUUAAGUGCCCUUUUCAGUUGAAGGUAUUGUUAGUUUUCUUGUUGCUGAACAGCAAAUCUGUGCAUUUGUAUGUUUAUUUUUGGAGUUUCAGUCAUUCCGUUUCUUUUUUUAAUGCAGUAUCAAGAGUGUUUUUUCUUAUCAUUUCCAGAUGCUACAUGUGUGCCUUCUGGUGUCCAGUGUGAAAAAAGACAUGUUUAACAAUACAUUACUGUUGCCUUUUGACUUUUUACCUAACACAGCCUGGAACAUUGAACAACCAUGGCUGUGAUGUAAGAAAACCCUUCAGGAAAAGGGAGGGAACAUGUUAGAGUUUUGUAAGAAAACACUAUUUUCAUAACAGAGCAGCAAAAUCAAAAGCUGUAUUCUGAAUUAUUUAAACUCCAUUUUUCUUCACCUGAUAAUUAAGGACAACAUUAACCCAGAAACAAACUGUUCUGGAAGCACUUAUGUGUCAUUAACACAAGGUUACUGAAGAAGAUGAAAGUUUUCCCCCUAUUUUGUGUUUUCUCUCACGCUGCAGUGUUGUAUGCUUCUCUGCUCUCUGAAUCAGCGCUGCGCUGGCACCUCUUCCUCUGACAAUGUUGUAGAAAACAAAAUGUGCGAUAGCACUCUUUUUGUUGCAGUAUGUGAUGUGUUCAUAUUUAAAUAAACCUCUGUAUCUCGACUGCGCCACAACGCUUGCGACUGUUGUAGAAGUCUUCCAACUGUUGUGGAGUUUGAUCCCAGAAGCACUUCAGUGAUGUGUGUUGUACAGUAGAUGAGUUUGUUCUGUUCAGGAUUCCUGCACGCAGCUGGUCCAUGUGUAUGAGAAAAGUAAAAUUAAAUGUAAAAACAAAUUAAUCAUUGAAAGUUUUUAGCAUGAACAGAAUCUUUUAACCAUUCCAGGACAGAUCAAGUUGUGAAGUCUGGUGAAGGAACCAUGAUCUGUCAUUGCAGAAAGGUUUCAGGUGUUAAACUCCAGACAGUUUUCUCUCACAGCAUGGGUCACACACUUACAAUAUAUAGAGAUCUAUUUUAUUCUCAAUAAUAACUGCUUAUUUGUGUAUUAAGACAGUUCCUUUUAAUUCAUGUUCACAUUGACGGGUUUAUGUCAUAUUCCCUGCUAAAAGAACUCAACAAUACGUCAUUGUUGUCACAAAACGUGGUAUGAAUCGGACACAUUUCAGUUAGCCUUCAAAUUAACAAAAGUACAAAUAAAAAAUGUUAUAAAUAUA